UUGAAAUGAUUAGCAUUGGAUGAAUAACUGUCAAAGAUUUGAUGAAGGAUUUAAUGUGAUUGUUAAUGAUGAUACAUGUAAUAACAAUAAAAAUAAUGAUGAUAAAUGCGGGUGUUUGAUCAGCUUAAACUUGACAUAGACAGUAAAAAGCCUAGGAAAGUGAGAAAACUUGGAGGAGCAAAGGGGAAAAAAUAGAAAGAGACCUAACCGUUAGACAGUAAACUCGAAAGCCAUAUUGAGGCUUAUUUGCUUGUUUGAUUUUUACCUUGGUAUAUCAAUCUAUUUAUUAUAAUAUCAAUUAAUAUUUACCAUGUUACCUUAAUUGUUUAUAGAAACUGUUAAAUUUAACUCUCUUGUUUGGUGAAUACAUCUAUUAAAUAGGAAUGUAUCCACUAAUGUAUCAACCAUAUUGGAUAAUCAAUAAGCUGUGUUUUGGUCAGGUUGGAUGGAGGAUUUUGAUGUUCAUCCUGUUGACAUAUCCAUAUCCACAAGUUUCAACUCAAAAUUUUGAUUACUUUUAUCAUCAUCGAGCUUACCGUCAAAGCGCGUUACCCAGUUACGAGCGGAUCAACGAGCCCAUUUCUUUGGAACCAUUGGUUGAUGAUUAUACGGUAGAUAGUGGUUAUAAAAAGGCCCAAUUAAGAUUGAGUGAAACAUCUGACAGUGGUAAACCAGCUUCUCUUAUUGGUAAAGAUUCAAGUGAUUAUAAUAUUGGAAUUGAUGACGCCAUUUCAUCUGUCAAAGCUUUAGGUAGUAAUGACAAUCUUCAACGUCUGUACCGAUCUGAUGGAAACAAUCAGCAUGGAGAUGCUGUUAGCUCUAGCUUUGUUAAACACAAUCCUUCGCCAUCGUCUCAACUUAAGGCUUCAGGUUUUAAUAUUGAUUCAUCUCAGCCCAUAACAAUGUACGCUCGAUCUUCAUCAGCAGCUAGGAUGCAAACAGGUGAUGAACAGUCCUUUAGUAACGUAUUAUUUGUUGGUUCAGUUAUUGGCGUAACAUUCGUGGGUAUCUUUGUUGUUUUUGCUACCGGAUAUUUUGUUCACAGGAUUAACCUGCAAAGGAAAGCGGCGGCGGAUGUUGAAUAUCCAGCUUACGGGGUUGUUGGACCAGGAGCAACAAUUAAGGAAAAAGAGGCUCUUUCUUCAGUUAAAACGGCAUCAGGAUCUUCCAAAGGUUCAAGCAGUUCAGCUGGAGCUGCAGUUUGUGGAGCUGGUUCAUUGUCACCCAGUGGUGAUCGAAGGCUAGCUCAAUCAGCCCAAAUGUACCACUAUCAUCAUCAAAAGCAGCAAAUGAUUUCAUCGGAGAAAGUCGCUGAGGCUGGUCAACAUCCAUCUACCUCAGAUGUUGACUCCGAUGAAGAGGAAAAUGAAGAAGGUGAUUAUACUGUUUAUGAAUGUCCAGGUUUAGCUUCAACUGGUGAGAUGGAGGUGAAAAAUCCACUCUUUCAGGAUGAUAUAACACCAAUCUCAUCUCCAUCAGUAAGUAAUACGAAACAAGAUGGCCCAAGCAACUGAUGAUUAUGAAAUUACAAGAUUUAUCGUUAAUUAUUAUAUAUUUACAAUCAUUCCGAGAUAACAAUCCUAAACGAUCCUAUUAAAACAAAUUCUGGCAUAUUAUUUCUUCUUCUCUCUAUUGGUGUUAAACAAUUAACUUAAGAUAAAACAGUUGAUAUCUGUUAAAUAUUAUUGUUAUUCACUUCUCUAAUUAUUUGAAAUUUACAAUUUGGACAAUAAUCGAUGCACAAUCAAAGGAAAAAAUGGAUUGGGCAAAAUGGAAACAAGCUAAAGGAAGAAAAUCUUACCAUCAAAGAAGCAUGACUGAAUAAUGAAAGAAAAAAAUGGAAACCUAUUUAAUGAUAAUCAAGACAAAUCAGCGAAAAAAACAAAAAUCUAUCAAGUUUAAAGGGUAAAAACAAGAUGUAUCAGUUGUAAAAGCAAAAUCAAAAGUUAUCUUACAAGUAAAUCGUUGGACAUGUUUUAUGAUAAUUUUUACAACUUUAUUUCUCAACUUAUCAGUGUUUUUGUUUGUAAGCUUGAGCAACAAACGAUUGGAAAAUAAAGCGCCAAAAGAUAGUUCGGAUAAUGGCAGUUAUCAUUAUCUACAUGAUCAACAUGCUUAU